UUCAUAUCUUCACCAUAGAAUUGCGUGCCCCGUACUCUUUAUCCUCCCUCUAUAUGUGUAUCACUUCGACUACCAAAACAACAGGACUUUGAUUUUGUAUACUGAUUCAUGGAGGAUUCAAAUUCAAUUGCUGGGCGCCGCCUUACUACAAUUCAAACUCAUCUUCUUCCCUCCACCGACACUUCCAACUCUCAGAUUUAUACUAAUUCCACUGCCGCGGAAUUCGUCGAUGAUCGGAGAUAUAGUGUUGUUCUCCCGGAAAAAUUGAACUCUGGAAAGUGGAAUGUGUACAGAUCGGCACGUUCUCCGCUGAAGCUUGUCACCAGAUUCCCUCAUCAUCCUGAGAUUGAAACAUUACAUGAUAACUUUGUACAUGCAGUCGAUACAUUCCCAGAUUACAAGUACUUGGGUUCACGUGUAAGAGUAGAUGGGACUGUUGGAGAGUACAAAUGGAUGACAUAUGGAGAAACAGCCACGGCUCGAUCUGCAAUAGGAUCUGGCCUCCAGUUUCACGGAUUAUCAAAAGGAGCAUGCGUUGGACUCUAUUUUAUAAAUAGACCCGAGUGGCUGGUUGUUGAUCACGCAUGUUCAGCUUAUUCAUAUGUUUCGGUGCCUUUAUAUGACACUCUUGGUCCUGAUGCUGUCAAAUAUAUCAUAAACCAUGCUGAUGUGCAGGCAGUUUUUUGUGUGCCCAGUACAUUGAAUGUUUUGUUGAGCUUCUUAUCUGAAAUUAGUAGUGUAUGCAUAAUAGUGGUAGUGGGAGGGAUAGAUGGACACCUUCCCUCCCUCCCGGCAACAUCCGGUGUUCAACUUAUAUCAUAUUCAAAACUUAUCAGUCAGGGUCAUAGUAAUCUAAGACCUUUUUGCCCUCCAAAGGCCAAUGACAUUGCUACUAUAUGCUACACAAGUGGUACUACUGGAACACCAAAGGGUGUGGUUCUGACACAUGAAAACUUGAUCUCAAGUGUUGCAGCCUCAACACUGCAAAUUAAAUUCAACUCCUCAGACAUUUAUGUAUCAUAUCUUCCGCUGGCGCAUAUCUACGAGCGAGCUAACCAAAUUAUGUCAGUGUACUGUGGUAUUGCUGUUGGUUUUUACCAAGGGGAUAAUUUAAAAUUGAUGGAUGACUUGGCUGUUCUAAGACCAACAAUUUUCUGCAGCGUUCCUCGUCUUUACAAUAGAAUAUACGCUGGGAUUGUGAAUGCUGUAAACACGUCAGGGGUUUUAAAGCAAAGACUGUUUAAUGCUGCAUACAAUUCCAAGAAGCAGGCAUUGAUGAGUGGUCGAAAACCAUCACCAAUUUGGGAUAGAUUGGUAUUCAAUAAGAUAAAGGCAAAAAUGGGAGGCCGAGUUCGUUUCUUGGGCUCAGGUGCUUCACCAUUAUCUUCUGAUAUAAUGGACUUCUUAAAAGUAUGCUUUGGGUGUCCAGUGAUUGAAGGUUAUGGUAUGACGGAAACUGCAUGUGUCAUAACUAUCAUGGAUGAGACUGAUAACCUUUCUGGCCAUGUUGGUUCUCCUAAUCCUUCAUGCGAAGUAAAACUUGCUGAUGUUCCAGAGAUGAAUUACACCUCUGAUGAUCAACCCAAUCCCCGAGGAGAAAUCUGCGUUCGGGGGCCUAGUGUUUUCCAAGGCUACUACAAAGAUGAAGUCCAAACAAGAGAAGUAAUUGAUGAUGAGGGGUGGCUUCAUACUGGGGACAUUGGGAUGUGGUUACCUGGAGGCCGCCUUAAGAUUAUUGACAGGAAAAAGAACAUAUUUAAGCUGGCACAAGGGGAGUACAUAGCACCUGAUAAAAUUGAAAAUGUAUAUGCCAAAUGUAAAUUUGUUGCUCAGUGUUUUGUAUAUGGUGACAGCUUCAACUCAUCUUUGGUAGCAAUCAUAUCCAUUGAUCCAGAUGUAAUCAAGGAUUGGGCUGCAUCUGAGGGCAUAAAGUAUGAUGAUUUAAGACAAUUAUGUAGUGAUCCUAGGGCUAAGGCAGCUGUUCUAGCUGAAAUGGAUGAUCUAGGCAGGGAAGCUCAGCUGAGGGGCUUUGAGUUUGCAAAAGCUGUAACCUUAGUGCCAGAACCAUUCACUGUUGAGAAUGGCCUUCUCACUCCAACCUUCAAGGUGAAGAGACCGCAGGCAAAAGCAUUCUUUGCAAAGGAAAUAUCCAACAUGUAUGCAGAGCUUGCAACAAUGGAUCCUACUCUUCAUAAACCGUUAUGAGACCGCCUUCACCUAAAUGUUACCUUGUAAACGACCAAUUCUAUAUUGAACCCUUUCCUGUUCUUCAUAUCUAAAUCUAGUCUAGUAACUCAAAUUUGCAAGCUUUUUUUUUUUUUUUUGUCUUUCUUUCUGUUCAUAAAGAAUGUUGAAGAUUCACUCAACAAUAUCAAAUAUACGUAGAUAUAAAGAAUUAGUAGA